ACGCAAUUUAGUUCGCAUUUAUCUGUCGGCGUGAUUGUAUCGUGCGAGUGUUUGUUUAAUAUUUUUUAACUUUUAAUAUAUAAACUGAUAAAUGGCUUUGGUGAAUUUAAUAAAAAAUCCACUUGCCUUACGAGCUCAAAGCAAACUAUUGGCAGGAGCGAUUAACAGUGUUGCUAACUUUGCUUCUCUUCCGCAACCAAAUACAAAUCCAGAAAUUUUAUAUACUGGCAUUUUCAUUAAUAAUGAAUGGCACAGAAGUAAGUCUGGGAAAACUUUUCCUAGCGUUAACCCAACUACUGCCCAAAAUAUUGCUGAAAUUCAAUGUGCUGGGAAAGAGGAUAUAGAUAUAGCGGUUCAAGCUGCACGUAAUGCUUUCAAAUUGGGUUCUCCAUGGCGUCGUAUGGAUGCUUCAAGGCGCGGUUUGUUGUUAUAUCGCUUGGCUGAUCUAAUGGAACGUGAUCGUACAUAUUUAGCAAGCUUGGAAACAUUGGAUAAUGGCAAGCCAUUUGCUAUGUCAUACAAUGCUGACGUACCUAUGUCUAUUAAAUCUUUACGCUAUUAUGCCGGUUGGGCCGAUAAGAACCAUGGACAAACGAUACCUUUAGAUGGGGAUUAUUUUGCUUAUACGCGCCAUGAGCCAGUUGGUGUUUGUGCUCAAAUAAUACCCUGGAAUUUCCCUUUAUUGAUGAUGGCUUGGAAAUUAGGACCAGCACUAGCUACAGGCAAUACAAUCGUUUUAAAACCAGCUGAGCAAACAAGUUUAACUGCUUUAUAUAUGGCACAACUUCUUAAGGAAGCAGGUUUCCCAGAAGGAGUUGUCAACGUUGUACCAGGUUUUGGUGAUGCUGGUGCAGCUCUAUCACAACACACCGAUGUAGAUAAAGUGGCAUUUACUGGUUCAACUGAUGUUGGUAAAUUAAUACAACAAGCUUCGGGUGCUACAAAUUUGAAACGUGUUACACUGGAAUUAGGUGGCAAAAGUCCAAAUAUUAUUCUAUCAGAUAGUGAUAUGGACUAUGCCGUAGAAACAUCUCACUUCGGUCUUUUCUUCAAUAUGGGCCAAUGUUGUUGUGCUGGUUCACGUACUUUUGUCGAGGAUAAAAUUUAUGAUGAAUUCGUAGAGCGAAGUGCAGAACGUGCUAAGAAACGUACCAUGGGUAAUCCAUUCGAUGCAAAUAUUGAGCAAGGUCCACAAAUCAAUGCAGAACAAAUGCACAAAAUUCUUGGUUUAAUAAAAACGGGUAAAGAACAAGGUGCUAAACUAGUUGCUGGCGGCAAUCGACCAGAAAGUUUACCUGGUUAUUUUGUGGAACCUACAGUUUUUGCUGAUGUCCAAGAUGAUAUGACAAUUGCACGUGAAGAAAUUUUUGGACCAGUACAACAAAUAAUACGCUUCAAAAAAUUGGACGAAGUGAUUGAACGUGCUAAUAAAUCUGAUUAUGGAUUGGCUGCUGCAGUUUUCACAAAGGAUAUUGAUAAGGCAAAUUACAUUGUACAGGGAUUGCGUGCCGGUACCGUAUGGGUGAAUGCAUACAAUGUUUUAAGUGCACAAGUACCUUUUGGUGGUUACAAGAUGUCUGGACAUGGACGUGAAAAUGGCGAAUAUGCUUUAAAGAAUUACACUGAAGUGAAGAGUGUUAUUGUAAAAUUAGCACAAAAGAAUUCGUAAUAAAAUGUAUGUUAUUGGACUAUAAAAUUGAGUGUCAAAUGUAAUUUUUUAAUAAUUUUUAAUAUACAGUUUGCUAUAUAGA